GGAAACAGAUUUUUUAAGAAAUCGAAGAAAAACAGAAUCCAUAUCAAAAGUUGAUAACAAGUUUUCUUGCAGAUUUGUCUGAUAGAAAAACCAUCUUGAGAUGGGGUUUUUAGAUCUGUUCUCUGCUGCUUCCAUGCCUGUUCUCAAAGUCCUCAUACUUACUGGGCUAGGAUCAUUUCUUGCCUUGGAUUCUAUUGAUAUCUUGGGCCAAAGUACAAGGAAACAAGUCAAUAACAUUGUGUUUUUUGUGUUCAGUCCAGCACUUGUUGGCAGCAACUUGGCUAACACAAUAACUGUCAAAAGCAUCAGUUCUAUGUGGUUUAUGCCUGUUAAUGUACUUCUUACAUUCAUAAUUGGGUCAGCUCUUGCAUGGGUGCUUGUAAUCAUCACUAGACCACCUCAACAUCUAAAAGGCCUCAUUAUUGGUGCUUGUGCAGCAGGAAACCUGGGGAAUUUGCCUUUGAUUAUAAUCCCAGCUGUUUGCAAAGAGAAAGGCAGUCCCUUUGGAGAUCCUGAUGUUUGCCAUGAGUAUGCCAUGGCUUAUGCUUCACUAUCUAUGGCACUCGGAGCCGUGUUCUUGUGGUCUUACGUUUACAACCUAGUACGGUUUUUCUCCGGUCAUCCCCAAGAUUCUGGUACCAAUGGUGUCACUCCUCUUAAAGAAGAGGAUUUGACCGAAAAUUUGCUUCCAUCAUCAUCGUCGUCUACUGUUAACAUAAAAGGAAAAGUGAAGGUGAUGUUAGAUACAAUGAAGCAAAAUUUGGGGAAAUUCUCAAGACGGGUUAACUUGAAGGCAAUUUUCGCACCAUCAACCAUUGGAGCGAUGGUGGGGUUCAUCAUUGGAACAAUCGCACCAAUGCGCAGGGUACUAAUAGGCACCGCAGCUCCUCUUCGGGUGAUCCAAGAUUCUGCAUCCUUAAUCGGUGAUGCAGCAAUCCCAACUAUGACAUUGAUUGUAGGUGGUAACCUUUUAAAAGGUCUAAAAGGAUCUGGUGUGCCGUUAUCAGUUGUGUUUGGAAUCGUAGGAGUUCGGUAUGUUUUGUUGCCAGUUUUUGGCAUUUUGAUCGUGAAAGGAGCUCUUUAUCUCGGUUUAGUGGCUGCAGAUCCUCUUUAUCUUUUUGCUCUUCUGAUACAGUUUGCGGUUCCACCGGCCAUGAACAUCGGUACAAUAACACAGUUGUUUGGAGCUGGUGAGAGUGAAUGUUCGGUGAUUAUGCUGUGGGCGUAUGGUUUGGCGUCGAUCUCGCUUACCCUUUGGUCGAUGUUGUUCAUGUGGCUCGUGGCUUGAUUCACACUAACUCGUUUGAUCGAAAAUGAUGAAACGCGACACGGAAUGUUACUUUUGGAUUUCGUAUGUCGGGUUUUCAUUUAUUACUGUAUGUUUUUAAUCGAUAAAAUAUCGUUUACAAGACGUGUAUAGAAAAGCAUGAUGUUUAUGGAUUAAAUGUUAUGUGUUUGUAAAACAUAAAUGAACAAAAGUAAAGCUCAACCCAACACAAACCAAACCGAACGGGU